CUAAUUGGGUGCUCAAGCUUGUCAAUGAGUACUCCAUGAAAGAAGAAUCAUUUGCCACCCCAAGAUAUUGUCCAAUGCCAUGCACAAUGUUCCGGGCUCCUACAAACAUGAAACGAGUGGAUGAACAUGCCUAUGACCCUGUGCUUGUCUCUAUUGGCCCUUUUCAUUACAAGAAUCCCCUGCUAAAAGAGAUGGAAGAGCAUAAACUCCGGUUUCUUUUCGGUUCCAUGCAUUAUGAAAGCAAGGAAGAAAUAGAACACUGGCUCCAAGGACUUGCUGAGGCCAUGAAGAGGUUGGAAGGGAGAGCAAGACGGUGCUACUCAGAGGCCUUUGAACACAUUUCUACAGAUGAUUUUGUCCGCAUGAUGGUCAUUGAUGGUUGCUUCAUAAUUGAGCUCUUCCGCUAUUAUCUAAGGAGUGAAAAGGUAGCCACUAAUCCGUCAUACCUCUCCUUGAAAAAAAAUACAGGUCAUACUCUACGUUCUUCAAAAUUUGUCCAAGAAAUGGACCGCAUGGGUAGGGAAGAAAUUUCAGAUUCUCUGCUCCUGGGAAGAACUGGUCUGAGAGAAGAUAUAUCUCCUAACCAAAGUCUUGAUGACACCACAAGUACAAGUACAAGUUUAACUCCUAAUUGGGUGCUCGAGUUUGUCAAUGACUCCAUGAGGGAAAUGUUAUUUGCCACCCCCAGAUAUUGUCAAAUGUCAUGCACAAUGUUUCGAGCUCCUACAAACAUGAGACGAGUGGAUGAACAUGCUUAUGACCCUGUGCUUGUCUCUAUUGGCCCUUUUCAUUACAAGAACGCGCUGCUACAAGGGCAAAAAUUCCAGUUUCUUUUCAGUUUGAUGCGUUAUCAAAGCAAGGAAGAAAGAGAACACAGGCUUCAACGUCUUGCUGAGGCCAUGAAGAGGUUGGAAGGGAGAGCAAGAGGGUGCUACUCGGAGGCCUUUAAAGACAUUUCUUCAGAUGAUUUUGUUCGCAUGAUGGUCAUUGAUGGUUGGUUCAUACUUGAGCUCUUCCGCCAUCAUCUAAGGACUGAAAAGGAAAUUGUAGACGAUCCCAUUUUUAAAACACGUUGGAAGCUACCUGUAAUUAGGUUGGAUUUACUGAAGCUCGAAAACCAAAUACCAUUUUUUGUCCUACAAGAAUUAUAUUUGCCCACUGGCUCAAGCCAUGAGCGUCCUCUCGUAGAUGUUGCGCUUGAGUUUUUUGGCCCUUUACUCGCUCGAGCACAAAGAACACCAGCACAUGAUAACUCUCUUGUACAAGCACAAGCACCCGACCAUUUACUUGCACUAUUUCACUCAACUUUCAUCCCCAAUGAGACUCCUAAUAUUCCACGUGCUAAUGGUUCCCCGAAGCGAGACAAAAAGUGUUUAAUACCUAGUGUCAGGGAGCUCCAGCGAGUUGGGAUUUUCUUAAAGAGUGGAGAGGGUGACCUAUUAGACAUCAAAUACCAUAGCCACCACAUGACAGUCUUGACUGGUAGGGCUUCACUAGAGAUUCCUCCUCUUUUCAUUGACCAUAAAACUGGACCUAUAUUGAGAAAUCUUGUUGCCUAUGAACAAUGCGAUAAAACUGUAAAACCUUAUUUCACAUCUUAUAUUAUGUUCUUCGAUGGACUUGUGAACACUCCCGAAGACGUUCAAAUUCUUCGUAAUAAGAAGAUCUUUUAUCAUGUUCUGGGCAGCGACAAUGAAGUUUCUGAGCUUCUCAAUGAUCUCACUAAGGAUGUUGCUUAUGAUUGGCAUGAGUGCUACCUUUCUCCACUGAUAUAUAACAUUUGUUUGCGUAGCAAUAAGGCAUACCUCAAGAUCCAGGCAGCGAUAAGACGUGAAUAUUUUUCUUCACCAGUCAAUUGUAUAUCAUAUCUUAUCACGUUUCUUUUAUUGUAUCUUACUGUCAUUCAGACCAUGUUUACUGUUUUUGCUUACAUUAGACCACGCCAUGAUAAUUAAAUUUCAAGUAGGAUUGAAUUGUAUGAUAAUUUGCCGUUACCCUUGUGACUAUUAGUAUUUCUCAAGUAGUAACAUUAAGAUGUAUUUAACAAGAUUGUGGCCUGGAAAGGAAAGUGUUUCUUUGA